GUUGUCAGCAAGGGUCGGGAGUAAUGUUCACUGAGCCUUUCUCCCACUGGGAUAUCUUUAAAUAUCACCGAGUGUAGAAUUGGAGCUCCAGUGCCGCGAUUCCUUAUACUGUAGGUAUCAUCGACCUUGCAUUGGCCGGAGCUCGGACGAUUUCAACCAUCGUAACAGCCAGAUCACCAACUUCGACUUGAAGCCUGCAUACGUCUGAUUACCCGGACUCCGCCGAAACUAUGAUAUAGCCGCCUCGAACGUUACCUCGCGGCCAACCGUCACUUAUCGUCGAACCUCGCCGCCGCCACCGUCUCAAGACGCUCGAGCAUAAACAUCCCACCGAGUGCAGCACCCCCGCGGCGCAACCAUGAGCGACUUCUCGAUGUACCACGCCCAAGGACAGGGCUCGCCAAAUCCCAAUGCGCCACUGAGAAAAGAUGACCCCACAAGAUGGCACCCGCCCGUCGCCGGGAGCCCUGCUGGCUAUCAACAGACUGGCAGCCCGUACACACAAGCUGGAGCUCCGCAGCAUGGCUCGCCCGCGCAACAGCAGCAGCCCGUGCAGCAGGAGGGUUACUUUCCCCCGCAAGCGAGUCCGCUGGUCAACCAGGCCGGGACCUAUCAGAGCGAUUCUCACACGAACAUGCUGGCGGGGCAGAUGGGAGCAAUGGGGCUUGGAGGGGAUGCGCCACCAGACCACAGGCGCAAGAAGAAGGACAGGCACGCAUACCACAAUCUCGAGGGGCCAGGAGGGAGUGCGCAGACCUUCAACGGCAUGCAGCAGCCAGGAACGCCUUCGCAGUUCAGCCCGCAAGUCGGCGGUCCACAAUGGCAGGAACCACAGAUUACACCCGCCAUGAGCCAGUUCCCUGCCGCAACGCCACUGUUCUCGCCAGGGAAUGCAGCCUCGCCCAUGCAGCACGCUGCCCGCGCACAUACACCACAGCCAGGGACAGCCGUGCAAGGGUCAGCGCAGGGUAAGGUAGACCCAGACCAGAUACCGAGCAUACCUAGGUCGCGAGAUGCGCCAGCGAAUUACUAUCUGGACCACAUCUACCCGACUAUGGAGCAUCACAUACCGCCUCCCGCCACGGUACCCUUCGUCGCCUACGACCAAGGCAACUCGUCGCCCAAGUUCGCCAGACUGACGCUCAACAACCUCCCUAUGUCUGCCGAGGCGCUUUCCGCGACAGCUCUGCCGCUCGGUCUCAUACUACAACCGCUUGCCCCACUAGCAGACGGUGAGACCCCCGUACCGGUACUAGACUUUGGCGAGACAGGACCUCCAAGAUGCAGAAGAUGUCGAGCCUACAUCAACCCCUUCAUGCAAUUCAAGGCCGGCGGCAAUAAGCUCGUAUGUAACAUGUGCACGUUUCCCAACGACGUGCCCGGCGAGUACUUUGCGCCCACAGAUACUAGCGGUGUGCGUGUGGAUAGGCUACAACGGCCAGAGCUGAUGCUUGGCACAGUCGAUUACGUCGUGCCGAAGGAGUACUGGGGCCAGAAGGAGCCGGUCGGAAUGCGUUACCUGUUCCUGGUCGACGUAACCGCAGAGAGCGUCGAGCGUGGUUUUCUCGACGGCAUCUGCGCUGGCAUAUUGGACUCCCUUUACAAUGAAGCAAACGAGGAGGGCGAGACUGCUGAAAGUUCUGUCAAGAUCGCCAAGGGCGCAAAGAUUGGCAUUGUCACUUACGAUAAGGAGAUGCACUUCUACAACCUCAGCCCAAAGCUGACUACAGCACAAAUGCUGGUCAUGCCUGAUCUCGAGGAGCCUUUCCUGCCCUUCACCGAGGGCCUGUUCGUCGAUCCCCUGGAGUCAAAGACGGUCAUCACAUCUUUGCUGACGUCUCUUCCCAACAUGUUCCGAGAAUUUAGACACCCUGAGCCGGCUUUGCUUCCUACACUCAAUUCAGCAGUGGCUGCCUUGACUGCGACUGGAGGGAAGAUCAUAUGUUCGUUAGGCGCGUUGCCCACCUUUGGCCCAGGAAAGCUCUUCAUGCGCGACGACGGCAAUGUGCACAAUACCGAUGCUGAGAAGAAGCUGCUCAAGACAGAGCACCCCGGGUUUACCUCUGUGGCGAAGAAGAUGGUAGAGCAAGGCAUUGGCUGUGACUUUUUCCUUGCCGCUCCCAGCGGUGGCUACCUCGAUAUUGCUACAGUUGGCCACGUAUCUGCUACUACUGGCGGCGAAGUCUUCUACUACCCCAACUUCCAUUCGCCCCGCGACAUCCUCAAGCUGUCAAAGGAGAUCACACACACCGUUACGCGAGAAACCGGAUAUCAAGCGCUGAUGAAGGUUCGCUGCUCAAAUGGCCUGCAAGUUUCCGGCUACCACGGCAACUACUUCCACCACAACUUCGGUGCAGACCUCGAGUUCGGUACCAUUGAUGCGGACAAAGCCAUUGGUGUUCUGUUUAGCUACGAUGGCAAGCUCGACCCUAAACUCGAUGCGCACUUCCAAAGCGCGUUGCUUUACACAACAGCUAGCGGCGAGCGCCGUGUCCGCUGCAGCAACGUCGUCGCUAGCGUCAGUCAGAGCGCAGGGGAGUGUAUGAAGUUCGUCGACCAAGAUGCCGUUAUCAACAUCAUCGCCAAAGAAGCAUGCGCACGCAUGACUGAGAAGAACCUCAAGGACAUUCGCGGUGCCUUGACGGAGAAGACCGUUGAUAUCCUCGCCGGCUACAGGAAGAACUUCACCGGAAAUAGUCCUCCCGGCCAGCUCGUCCUGCCAGAGAACCUGAAGGAGUUCUCUAUGUACAUGCUCGGUCUGAUCAAGUCGCGAGCCUUCAAAGCGGGCAAGGAACCCACAGACCGCCGAGUCCAUGACAUGCGACUCAUCCGCUCGAUGGGGCCACUCGAGCUCUCCCUCUAUCUCUAUCCACGUGUCAUUGCAGUGCACGACCUCGACCCUGCCGAUGGAUUUGCCAACGAAAACGGUCACCUCCGCAUGCCCUCGGGCGUGCGCGCCUCGUUCGCCAAGGUCGAAGAGGGCGGUGUGUACAUCGUCGACAACGGACAAAUCUGCCUGCUCUGGAUCCACCAACACGUCUCGCCCAACCUGCUCGAGGACCUCUUCGGGCCCGAACACAACUCUCUGAAAUCUCUCGAUCCCUUCACUUCCUCUCUGCCGGUACUGGACACGCAUCUCAACGCGCAAAUGCGGAACAUCUUGCAGUAUCUCGAAGGCAACAGAGCCUCCAAGGCGCUCACGAUUCAGCUUGCGAGACAAGGUUUGGAUGGGGCCGAGUACGAGUUUGCGCGGUUGUUGUAUGAGGAUCGGAACAAUGAGGCGCAGAGCUAUGUUGAUUGGCUGGUUCACGUGCAUCGGCACAUUCAGCUUGAGCUCGCCGGUCAGAGGAAGAAGAGCGACGACAACGAUGGCACGAGUGUGGGGAGCCAGUUUGUCGGCUUGCGCACGCCGUACUGGGGAUAGAGGGGGGACAAAAUGAAAAGAAGAGGAGAAGGGAUGUUCUUCACGUUGCAUAGCGAUAUCUCGAACACAGCGACAUUGUUUUGGUGCAACGUCACAGCUCUCCUGGUGUUGUGGAUGAUCGCAAGAUGACAAUGACCAUGUGCUGGAUGUUGGCUCUUCCGCACAGAGGAGCAGCAUGGUCAACCAAUAUUCUGCAAGCGCGCUUCACUGCUAAACAUCGCAGACGCUCCUGCUCACAACCAGCGACUUUGAAAUCAGCAUCGUUGCGACCUCAAGUGGUAGAUCAAGAGUAGAAGCCU